GGUGUAAAAAUGACCAUUUAAUGACUAUUUCAUUAGCUAUUAACUGGUAUUUAACAGACAGUUAAUUACACCGUUUUCGAUGGUCCAGGGAGUGCAGUCACCAAUUUCUACAUUCUUUUUGCGAUUUAUUUCGUCUUGUCUUGCGUAGUAUAACCACAUGUGCUAACAAGAUUCGAAUAUGUUGUAUAAGGCGUUUUUAUUAAUUUUAUUGCGCAAAAUGAAUGCGAACUGGCCAUGCAUAUUUGAGUGAUAUCAUUGAAACUCCCAUUCGACAGGACCCUGAGGACUGACAAUUACUUACCGAGGGCUUCAUUAAAAAACUUAAGCUUCGCAACCGUUGUUUUUCUCAAAUAGCUAAAACUCUGCAGGUUAGAUUAUGAAAUUUUUUAUAAUUAAGGUUAUAGCUAACCAAAAAGGUUAUAACCCACGGGGCCCGCGUUCUUCUGUCAACAAGCAUAUGGAAAUAGUGUGGAUCGUUCUGAUCUCAAAUGAAUUGAGCUGUGCUUCAGAUUCAUUCUGAUAUCAUACAACAACUAUUUUGAAUUUUUUAAGAGUUUUUAAAAUGUUCAAACAAAAAACGAGUAAAACAUACAUUAUGUUAUUGUACCAACUGGACAGCAAAGACACUGUAAAAACUAUUUAUGAUGGUUUGAAGGCAAAAAGUCUUCCAUUGUGGAUGGACACACCGGAUGCGAAUGGUCGUUUCAGCAAUUUAAAAAUACGCUUACGUAAAGUUAAAAAUGCUGCAGCAGUAUGUUGUUUUCUCACACCAGUUUAUCAGCAAUCCCGCGAAUGUGUAAAUGAAUUGGUUUUUGCUAAAGAACAAGGUAUUUGUAUAAUACCAUGUCGCAUGUGUCGUAACUGGAAACCAACUGAUUGGUCAGAGUAUUGCGUAGCUGGACUAAAAUGGAUUGAUUUUUGCGGUGCUGAAACAAAAAUAGAUUUGAAAAUUCAGAGAUUAUAUGAUGAAAUUCUAUAUCAUGUUGGAGAUGUAAUCGAAAUAGGUUAG